AGGACGGCGACGCCACUGAGAGUCGGUGACCACGGCGCGAAGAGCGCGCUCGCCGCACAGUGACAUGUAGCGCGGCCGCCGCGCCGCAGCCCCGCGACCACACCGCCGGUGGCGGCGCGCCGAUGCGCCUGCCGUCCGGCUCGACGCCGACGCCAAGCCCGCGCCCGCGCCGCUAUAUCUUCCCGCGCAAUACGCAUCUCAGCCUCACCAUCGGUGUUGCUUUCACUGUUACGCCUGAAGCAAGCCCUUCAGCCCGUCUGUAUUGACGAGAGUCGUCGGAUGGAACCCGGAGUGCGCCGAUUCGCAUCAAGCGGCGGGAGCUAGCUCAGACAUGGGAAGUGAGCACUAUUGCCUAAGGUGGAACAAUCAUCAGAGCAACCUGCUGGGAGUAUUCAGCCAGUUGCUGCACGACGAAAGUUUGGUGGACGUCACGCUUGCAUGCUCCGAGGGCGCCUCCAUAAGGGCUCAUAAGGUAGUGCUCUCUGCGUGUUCAUCGUACUUCCGUUCGCUGUUCGUGGACCACCCGUCACGUCACCCAAUCGUGAUUCUCAAGGACGUCGGCCUAGAAGAAUUGCGCACCCUCGUCGACUUCAUGUACAAGGGCGAAGUUAACGUCCAGUAUUGUCAGCUGCCUGCUCUUCUAAAAACCGCCGAGAGCCUACAGGUCAAAGGAUUAGCUGAAAUGACGACAUUAAGCGCAGCAGGAAUUGAUACACGAAGUGUCCGGAACCGAUGGAUGAGUGCCAAGGUCAAGACACCAAAGAGUGUCCUGAGUUGCAUGAUAGAUUAGAUGGCAGAGAAAACCGGGAAAAGAUGAAAAAGACG